ACGAAGCGGACGCGACGCUAAAAGAUCACUUAAAAAGCAGUUAAAAAAGGGCAAGAAGAACGGUCAACUCUCUCCCGCGACCGCCCUCUGUCUCUCUUCUUCCGCCGUCGCAGUCGGUUCGAUUUCUUUGCGCCUGCGCAACGGUCUUCGCUCUCUUCGCGCGCUCUCUCACCUGUCUCUCUCGCGCUGUCGCAAAAGUGAAAAUAUUUGGAGAAAUUUCUUGGGGGUCCAAGAAGAAGAAGAAACAAGAAGAAGAAGCAGCAGAAGAAUUUCAGACUGGAGUUUUUUAGUGUGUCAGGAGUGGCUAUCAGUAUCAGUAUCUCAGUAUCGGUAUCGGCUCAUCCGUAUUGUACCUUGCCUUGCCUAUAGUGUCAAAUUGAAAAUAAAUAAUCUCUGCAUAAUUGUCAACGAGAAUCGUUUUCCGAAAUCGUUUUUUGUCGAAUCAGUUUUUUUCCAACCGAACGAACGACCUCGAAAACCCCGCAAGUGCAAAAGUUCAGAAAAAAAUAAAUAAUAUAAAAAACGGGAACCGGAGACCACAACAAACGAAUUAUUUGCAAGUCCCCCUUUUAUGUCAAUGACCUAGAUUCGGUGUUCCUCGGAAAAAGAAGCGGGGGAAAUUCGAUUCACAAAUCCAGUCAGUUCAAUCGAAACGCGAGCUGCUGCAGCAUCUUCAGAUCGUCUUCGUCGAUUAAAGCCAAUAUAUUGGGCUAUAUGUUUGUCUGACAAGUCAGCAGAGCAAUAACGCUUGGAAGUUGUCGUAAAUCGGUCACGUUCAACAACCCCCCACCCAACCCACAGGAUACACCUGAGGAAGACUAACACUCUCCUGCUGAACUCCUUUUGUACAAUAAAAUAUAACAAAGAACAUAGAAGAACCUGAAAAGCCAAGGCAACCUCCUGGACAAGCGCGACUCAUGGAAACAUGGAUAAACGCUCAGCGGCGACAGAACGACUUCCAGCUAGCUAUUCCAUAUAAGUUUAUAUGAACAAUUCAUACGCUUCCAACUAGGGCAAACUAGAGCAAGCAGCACUUCCAAACAGAAACCAAAAGUAAAUAUUGAAUAUUAAAGACGAAAAACAAAAGGAGAAGGAUAACUCAAGCGCACACUGCAAAUGACAGAAAGAACUGCUUCCUAGCCUAAAACUUAAGAAGGAUAAAUACGAUUCACACACACACACUCAACACAACACAAACACAAAUUUAACCAACGAGGACCGGCAGAGCAAGAAACAAUCGAACAUGUCAAACGCGGUCGCCAACAAAGCGGAAACGGAAGCAGCCACAAACAGCAGCCUCAAACAGUCGCCCCCUCAGCCCGCAAACAGUCACGAUGCCGCCAAGCUACUCAACGGCAGUUUGGCCCGAACCAACGGCUUAACCCAUGCCGCCAGCUCCAGCGCAUCAUCCUCAACGUCAGCCAGCAACAACGCCUCCUCCGGCUACAACGGUUCGAGUGCAGCAGGAUCGGGCUCCGUUUCCGGUUCCGGCGGCGCCAACUCAUCCUUAGCUUCAUCCUCGGCCGCGGCCGUCUCGAGCCUCCUGUCCGCUGUGACGCCCUCGACGGCACUGCCCCUGCCACCCAGCAGCAAUGGCCUCCAGUUGCCCUACGAACGCUUUCGGGCGGAAGACACCAGCUAUGUGCCCAUCGCCCAAUUUUACGCGGGACGCAGCGUUUUCAUCACAGGCGGCACUGGUUUUAUGGGAAAGGUGCUGGUGGAGAAGUUGCUGCGCUCAUGUCCGGACAUAAGGAAUAUAUAUCUACUGAUACGACCGAAACGCGGACAAGAAGUGUCGGCACGUCUCACGGAACUACUAAAUGCACCACUCUUUGAAUCACUGCGGCAGGAGAAGCCCAAGGAGCUCAGCAAAGUCAUACCCAUUUCGGGCGACAUAACUUCCGAGGAACUGGGAAUUUCAGAAAAAGAUCAGAACCUACUGUGUCGCAAUGUUUCCGUUGUCUUUCAUUCGGCUGCCACUGUGAAAUUCGAUGAGAAGCUCAAACUGUCUGUCACAAUCAAUAUGCUGGGCACGAAACGUCUCGUCGAGCUCUGCCAUCGCAUGCUGUCACUGGACGCACUAAUCCAUGUAUCCACUGCCUAUUGCAAUUGCGAUAGAACCGAUGUGUCUGAGGUUAUUUAUGCACCGCCCUACAAUCCCGACGAUAUCAUCUCACUAAUCAACUGGCUUCCGGAGGAUAUACUCGAUCAGCUGACACCGCGCCUAAUUGGCAAGCGUCCCAAUACGUACACAUUUACAAAAGCCUUAGCGGAGCAUAUGUUACUUAAGGAGGCUGGUAAUCUGCCCGUUGCCAUUGUGAGGCCAUCGAUUGUGACUGCCAGUCUGAAUGAGCCAUUCGCCGGAUGGGUGGAUAACUUCAAUGGGCCAACGGGCCUAGUCUCGGCGCUGGCCAAGGGCAUGUUCCGUACGAUGAUGUGCGAGAAGAACUAUGUGGCCGAUAUGGUACCUGUCGAUAUUGUGAUUAACCUGAUGAUUGCCGCCGCCUGGCGCACAGCGACCCGCAAGUCCAACAACCUACUCAUCUACAAUUGUUGCACCGGCCAGCGCAAUCCCAUCAUCUGGUCGGAGUUUGUCAAACACGCCAUGUGCAGUGUGCGCAAGCAUCCCCUGGAGGGCUGCCUGUGGUAUCCAACUGGCGACCUGCGCAUGAACCGCCCCAUGAACACACUGAAUUGUAUAGUCAAACACUUCCUACCGGCCUACAUUCUGGACGGAGUGGCAAGGAUCAUGGGCAAGAAGCCAUUCGUUGUCAACGUACAAAAUAAAAUUGCCAAAGCUGUGGAAUGCUUAGAGUACUUUGCCACACGCCAAUGGCGCUUCAAGGACGACAAUGUCCACGCCCUGCUGCAUACGCUGAGUCCCAAGGAUCGCGAGAUCUUCGUUUUCGAUGUGCGCCACAUCAACUGGGACAACUAUGUGGAACGCUAUGUGCUGGGCUUCAGGGAGUUCCUGUUCAAGCAGCGGCCCGAUUCGCUGCCGGCCAGCAGAAAACGCAUGCUCAGGCUCUACUAUCUGCAUCAGCUGACCAAACUGGUGGCGGUGCUGCUCACCUGGCGUUUCCUAAUGUCGCGCUCCAAGCGCCUGAAUGACUUGUGGAGCGCCUUUUUGGAGAACGCGUUGAAGAUGGCACGCUUGAUACCCUUUUUGUAAUUAGCCGGACGAGGAGGUGGCGACCGAUGUGGAAGCUGAGACACACAUAUAUAUAUUAUAUAUAUAUGUUUAUUCGCUGCAAUCUGGCAGGAUCUGCGAUGUUCAUCAUCAUCAUCUUCCUUGCGAUUUCUAAGACAUUUUAGAGGUUUUUAGCAAAUAGUUAUAUUCAUAUUUUUAUGUUACAAAUUGAGUAAACAAACAGCAGAACCCACAAAACAUAAAACAAAAAAAAAGAAAAAAGGAAAAGAAUAGAAAACGGAAACAUCAAAAACCCAUAGAAAGAACAUCGCGCUAGAUGGCAGAUUAAAAUAUUACGAGUGGUAAACUCAAAUGGGGUAACUAUUAAAUGGCAUUGGCGCGCAUACACACACAUCACCCAUUUAACUUAUUCAGGUGCAAAGAUAUAGGUCGGGAUUUAAAGGCCUCUGGUGUCGGUUGUUGUCUCCACUUGUCUCUCUCUCUCUAUCUCUCUCCUUCUGCGAGAUUGUAAAAUUUUGUGAAAUAAUUAAAGCGCAGAAAAAACCCAAAGUAGAGGAAGUGAAUUCCACCUUUUUGCAUAGAGAGUUGGGGGGGGUGUGAGAAGAGUGAAUUUAUGGUCGGGGAUUCGGCGGUAAUGAAUGAAGCAAUUUGCAUGAUUUAGUACAUCCAAUGCUAUAAAAAAACCACGCACCCACACACCACAAAUAUGACGAUUAAUUCAAGAAAACCGAUUAGCAAAGAGAAUAAAUGAAAUUAAAUGAAAUGGCUUGUUAUUGCUUUAAACAAUUACAUAAACGUAACGUAAACUAUGCUAAUUAAUUAAUAUUAAUUAUAAAUAUUAUUACGUAACGAGCGAACAUUGCAUAUAAAUAAUACGACAAGACAAAAACCAACAUUAUUUAUAAUUGAAUGUAGUCUUAACAUUUUUACAUUUACAAUUAAGUUUUCAAUUUAUAUAAAAACCAAGCAGAAGGAGCGGAAUUCUAUACGACAGGAGACGAAAAAUUCAAAUAUACAAAAUUCAAUUUAUGUAUAUGUAUAUGACAAAAAAGCGAAACAAAAGCAAAAACUACACAAAAAAAUCCAUAAUAAUGAUAAUAAAUUAAUGAAAAACAAAAAAAAAAAAAUUAUAUUUAUAUAUAAACAUCAGAAACAUAAUUUCUUAGCAUUUGCAGCCUAAAAAUCUAAAUCUAAGCGUAGCCAGAAAAGAGUUUCCAAAAAAAGAAGUAAUAAACUAUGAAUGAAGUUUUUUGAGACAAACGCAAUUAGAGAAUCAUGAUUAUGAAAAUUUAUAUUUAAAUGCGAUAAAUUAUAAACAAAAACAAAACGAAAAAGAAAAAAAAACAGAACACAGACACACAGAAGAAACCAAGACACAUAUAGUAAGAACAUUCCAUCCAGUCAGUAGGAAAAAUCGGGUCAUCAACCAAACUCUUCCUCCACUUUGGACUUUUGCUUCCCGUCUCGUUUGAUCGAUAUGGGCCAGGUAAUAUUGGCCGGGUCCGGGUUACGGCCAGGAUAGUUCUCGUUCUCGGGUUCGUUUUCGUGCAAUUAUUGAAUAUCUUAUGUUAUGCCUAGAAUUUAUUAUGUUUUAUUUCUAAAUCGAUUUGUAAAUUGCAGUGCAUCAAUAAAAUACACUUCCAAAAUAAUAAUACAAAA